GUUCACUUCCGUGGUCAUGGGGAAACGCGCAGGUGAGUCUCUGGCAGAUCAGCGCGCGAAGUUGGCGAAGAGGCAGGCCCAGCUCGACAUACUGGAGAGCAAGAAGAAGCUGAACAGAAUCUUAGGCAACAAUGCCCACUUGCAUGAGGUUCUGUUGAAGCACUGCCACAACUUAGGGUACCAUGAGGAUGCAGAUGCAGGUGCGACUCUCGCAGAGCACCAGGCGGCGCCUCGCAAGAAGGCCCCCCUCGCCAUUUCAGAUGCAGUUCCCAUCGAGCCAGCCGUUGGAUUGGUCGGACAGGCACCUGCACCUCAGAAGGAGGAAUGUGCUACGUGGGCCAAAUCACCGACCGAGUUCUUGUUGAAGAGGCUGGCCGCUUGCGAGCCUGUCUUGUGCGCGCCGAUGGCGAUGCGGGCGAUGAUCCCUCCUGGCAAACGCCAGCGCGUCAAGUCUGAGUUGCUCAAGUUGUUCGAAUUUAACACUGGUCGUGACCCUAACGGGGACAUCAGCGAGGAUCUUCAGGACGAGGCCAUGAUGGACUCCGGCUUGGAAGAAGAUACGUCGCGCAGGGGGCAUCGCAUGGCCCGCAUGCCCUUGCCUCCAGACUACAACAAGCACGGGGUGUACCUGUGGGAUCCAAAGACCAGCACGGUCAAGCACCGAUUCACUCAUGAGGAGGUGGGGCUUGACCAGAAGACCAUCGAUGCUAUGGGCAACGUGUCCAAGGCCACCAUCUACAGCAACUGGAGCGAGAUCAAUGCGUGCCUCAAG